AUGGGAACGAAGGUGAAGAGGAUUCCUAACGUAUUUGAGAGCCUUUACCUCUUAGCGAAGCACGAUAACUAUGAUUCUGGGAAGUGGAGAGAUGUUUUGACAGGAAUUCAUAGAAAAUACAAAGAUAAGCAGGGCAUAAGGGACAUGUGUCUGCUGUAUUAUGGACUUUUUAAGGGACACACCAAUGAUGAGAUUGCACACAUGGAGAUAAGGUACAAAGACAGGGAAAGUAGAGAGUGCCAAGGCCCGUUUAAAAUAGGAGACAUCGCAGAAGCAUAUCUGAGUAAAGUUUCAGCGCUAGUAAAAUUCAUGAACACGAAGCAACUGGCAAUUAUUUCAAAGUAUUUGUCGCUAUUCAAUAAGUUGAAUGAAUCUUUAUGUAGUACAAUAGUGUCGAGAAUGAGUCUAAGCAAUUUAAAGAUAACAGCAAGGUCGUUUUGUAACAUAGUAUUGGCAUUGUCGGAGUCAAAUUGUGUUAACAGGGACGUCGUGGAAAGGCUGCUGGUGCAGAAUAAAAAUAUGCUCGUUAACAUGAAUAAAAUUGAUCUGAUGUACGUGCUUAAGUCGAUAAGCAUUCAUAAUAUAAACAACGAGGAGAUCAUGAGUGUAAUCGCAGACAAGUUGAGUUAUUAUACUGAGGAUAUGAGCGCGAACGAAGUAUUGAGUACAUUAUACGCAAUAUAUAGGUUGAACUGGCAGAAUGAACAGGUGGUUAGAAGUUUGUACUUUAAAACACAGAAUUUGAUAAACGAGUAUGACGUAAGCUCACUAGGGUUGAUCGCAAAGUACCUGUCGCACUGUAAACUGAAGGAUGUUAGAGAGUUUUUUGACGUUGAAUUGAUUCCACGGGCACACCAGCUAGUCGAAACGGAUAUAAAGGCAUUUAGUAAAACAAGUGGAAAGAACAAUGAUGGUAGAUUACUGGAUGAGUUGCUGUUACUGUACAAGUGUUGUUACAGUUCAGGGUCUACAUUGAACCCUAAAAUGUUGAAUGGUAUAUUGGAUGGUCAGAUUUUAGAUUACCAAUGGCAGUCGUUGUUUACAGUAUUAAACAGAUAUCAACAUAAUAUAAACUGUUCACGCAGUUUGAUAAAUAGUAUGGAAUAUGUAAAACUGGUAUUAAAGAGUAUCGAGGGGUUCAAAGGGUAUAUUAGCGCAAAUAAGGUUAGUAUUAAGUACAUGCCUGAAAUAACAAGGUGUAUGGUUGAAUCAGGAUGUGAUAGGAAUGAUGUGUUGUUGGAAAUCGUAAAAGGAAUAAGUGAAGCAGAUGUUGAAUUGGCAGAUCACUUUCUGGAAACAUUAUUUAACCUACAUACAGUCGAUUUAGAUGAUUUUAAUACUGUGUAUAAUGAGUUGCUAAGCAUAGCAUUGAGAGAUAGGAGAAUAUGCGAUUACGGGAAUUUAGUGCCCUUAAUGAGCAUAUUGUGCUACAGGAACGAGAAGAUACCACCAGAAUUAGAUGAAAUGUUCAAAGCAGUGUUCAAUAAGGGAGGUGAACAGACGGAGUCAUGGAAAGUUCAAAGCCCAGAGUAUUCAAGUAUAAGUUCAUACAAGAGACAUAAAGUGGACACGAGUGAUGAAGUGCUGGAGUAUUUGGCGUACACUAUGGUGUUUCCAAUGAGAACCACCGACAAUGCAUCUAGUGGUAGCAAUAGUGGUAGUAAUACAUCUAGUGGUAUCAAUACUGCUAGUGGUAGCAACAGUGGUAGUGAUGAUACUACAGGUAGUAUUUAUAGUGGCAGUAAUGGCAAAUUCCUGCAAUAUAAAGAAGAAUUGACAUAUAUUUUUAAAAUGAUUAAAAAGGUUAAAAGGGAAGACUUGGUGAAGAUGCUGGUGUGGUACAUUGGGAAAAUGGAUGAAAAAUUAUUAAAGAGGAUGGUGGAGGUGGGAAGUAUUCCAUGGAUUAGAGAGGUCUCGGAUACCAAUUGGAUAGUAGACAACAAAAUUAAGGUUGAAUUAGUAAAUGGGAUGGAACGGCUGCUAGUUAAGCUUGAUGAAGAGUUGGUGUUUGGACCUUGCUACCUAGAGUCAGGCGCAAGAGAAGUGUGCUACAACCAGGUGUCGAGAGAAAAGUGGGACUCAGUAGCAGUGAAUAUGCUGAGGAGGAUACUGGAGUUGAACUCAUAUGGAUUAAAAGUGAUGUGA